UAUGUGCAUGUCCAGUGGUUUGGCUUUUUCUAAUACUUGAGCCUGGUGCCGGGACAACGCAAGAGGCGCUGCCUUGAUUGAAUUCAACGGGGAUUGAAUAGAGAUUGUGGAAUGCUGUGAUCGCGGUGGACAACAAUCGCCAGUAAUGUGUGGCCACUUCGACCACUGAAUAAUACUUUCAGAUCUGCGGCCAGGUGAACAGAUUUGAUUUGUCAACUCGUAGCUCUGAACUGCAAGCAGCAUCGUUGGGAACUAUACGAAUCCUACACCGCUGAACUCUCCAUCAGUGGAUGCAGCCAGGUGUUCUCUGAUUGACUUUGCAAAGUCGACCGUCCCACACGUGUGGAGCUAUAUCUGUCUUCAGUCUCAGGAGUUCAACCAAGUGUUGUUUUAAGUCAACGCUUUGUGGAAUCGCUAAAAACAAAAUUUGUGGAUCAUGAAGACCAGCGGACAACCUGCUUACGUCCUCCCGGGAUUUAACAACCCGCACCAACAAGCCUACCUGGUGUAUCAUACGUACCCACCAGUCAGAACAAUGCCUCCACCCAGCCCAGCCAGUAACACGGGCUCGGCGGGUAGCUCAGGCUCUUCCAGUCAGCAACAUUCCCCCCACUCCCAGUCCUCACAGAGUAGUUACGGCAACGACAAGCUGAGUAAGACCAAUCUGUACAUACGAGGCCUUCCCACGCACACAACAGACGAUCACCUAGUCUCCCUCUGUCAGCAGUAAGUCGUACAUUUCUUUUAAUUUCCUCA